AUGGCGACGGAAUUCAAGCCCACACUGGAUUUCCUAACAGAUGCGGCACAUCUUCUGAGAACAGCUGCACCCGAGACCUCAGCACACCUCAUGAGCCAUCGCGGUCAGCUCAUGGGUCAACACGAUCUAGCUCCUUCAGAGGUUCAGCGGCAACACGUCUGCAACGCAUGCGGCAACAUCAUGCUGUCGGCUCAUAAUAUCAGUCUGAUAAACGCGAGGGGCGUUUCUAAACGCCAACGCAACCCAACCAAGACACCGCGAACAAAGCAGUCGACGCCCAAAGACACGGCCAAAGUCAUCACUUGCGAACUAUGCUCCAGGAAUACCAGAGUUCCGUUACCGACACCGCCCAAGGCUAUCAGAGCCAAGUCUGCGACAGGCAAAACAAAACCGACGCCCGCAUCCAGCACCGUGGGCACACCAGACACAGCCAAAACCUCCAAUGCGACCAGCAAAAAGCGAGCCAAGAGCCGCAAGGCAGGGCUCCAGGCGCUUCUUGCUGGGCAGCAAAACAAGGGUGCAAGCCCACUGAGUCUCGCGAGCUUCCGCCAAACCUGA